AUGGGAUCAGGAGAGUUACUGCCCUUGAUCUGUGACCGCCAGCUGGGUAGUCUCCCGUGGCGCAGGGCCCCGCAGGUGGUGGUGGUAGUGGUGACGGCUGUAGUGACCGCGGCGGUGGUGGUGGUGGUGGCGGUGUCUGGCACGCGGCGCGGCCCCGGAGUCGUCGCGGCGGGCGACGUGGACGAGGUGGGAGGGGCGGGCGCGGGCGGCGCGGGGGGAGCGCCAAACAAGGUGGGCGCGGGGUGGCCGCCGCCCACGUCGUGCGGGUGCCGCGCUGUAUUCAGCGUGGGCGCGUGCGGCCUGUCGGAUGUGGCGGCGUUGCGGGACGGUGACGCGGCGUGGACGUCCGCGGUGGCUGGUGUCGGCACUGCGCGUGAGCGCAGAGACCAGCCCCUCAUGCCGCACCUAGCCACGCUGGCGCGCUACCUGCCGCGCCUCUUCCAGGUGGGCAUCACGCCAGGCGGCGGCGUGCAGGGCGACGCUUCCGUUAGCCGCGUGGGGCACAUCGCGCCAAUGCUGCCCUGCGCCCUGCACCACUACGCCCCCCAAGACGUGGCAACUUGCGCCCGCCGCCACCUGACCGCCACGGGCGCGCCGCUGCGGUUGGCCUUCGUGGGCGACUCCCUGGUGCGCAACACACUGCAGGAGAUGGUGCGCAGCACACGCGGCGCGCUGCACUACCGCGUGGAGGGCGCGGACGAGGAUGAGGCGCUCGCCUUCCUGGACAUGUCCGCCAAGUACGACACGCCUUUGCAGGCUGACGGCCUGGACCUCAGGUUCCACUGGUCCGCCUUUCUGGACAAGCCGCGCAACCCCGGGGACGUGACCCAUCAAGGAGCGCGGGAUCUGCUGGAGGCGUGGGCGGCGGGGCGCGCCGGGCCGCGGGCGGGGGACGGGCCGCCGCCCCACGUGGUGUACGCGAGCAGCGGGAUGUGGGACACCUCCCUGGAGGGCGAAGACGAGGCCGUGGAGGGACUCUUGCACACCCUCAACGUGAUGGCGCCGCUGCUGCAGGCGCUGGCCCGCCGCGCCCGCGUGCUGUGGCACGUGCACGGCCCCAUAAAGCCGUGGCUAGCCACGCGCAGCGCGCCCAACACCGCCCUGGACAUGAUGAACGUGGCGUCGUGGGCGAGGCUGGGCGGCAGCGACGUGUGGCUGUGGGACUCCCGCACCGUGCUGGCACUGCGCCAGUACACAGAAUGCCGCGCCCUGCACCGCGCCGGCUUGCACGCCCUUGUGCCGCGGGCGUGGGGAUGCACAGACUUCCAGCACCCUGGCAAAGACGUGGAGCGCGCCGCGGGAAACAUGAUCUGGAACCUGGCGUGCAACGCGCGUCUGGCCCUGCACCACUCCCACUGCUGCGCCGCCGACCCGCCCCCGCCGCCCGUCAGAUGACGCCCCCACUCCCCCUACACACAGUCGUGCGUAGUACAUGCACCACACAUCCGUAUGUUCGCCUGUCACUCCCUUGUUAUUCAUUGAAUAGAUCAUUAAGUUUGAAACACUGCCUUUAUUUAGCCCCGAGUGGCCUGGCUGCUCAGGACACCCGUUGCUCAGGAGUACAGCCUCACACGUCCCACGUUUAUCUAUUUAUUUUUAUUUUUAAGAAGGGCACUAGCCGAGGACAAUAAAAAAAGAAAAAAGAAACUGAAAAAGAAAAAGUGGCCGGCCACUAACGUGCCGGUCCUAAAAGAAAGGUGCACGACACU